CUUCUCUCGUGCACCGACACGAACAGACAUGUCUACACGGCUGCUCCAGAGUCUCUGGGACUGGGUCCUGACGCACGACACAUGGCUGCACUCCCCCUUCUUCCCCAUGCUCUUCUCCCUGGGCACCUACCUGCUCUGCUGCCUGCCCUACGUGGCCCUGGACCUCUUGUCGCCGCACGUUGAGCUGAUCCGCCGCUACAAGAUCCAGGAGAGGAGCCACGUCUCGUGGAAGGUGAUGUGGAGCUGCCUGGUCCACUCGCUGUACAACCACGUUGUGUUCAUCUUCCCGCUGACUGUCUUACACUGGUACUGGAGGCGGGUGAGCUUGCCGGCCGAGGCGCCGGGCGCGCUGAAGGUGGCGGGGGACGCCGUGGCGUGCCUGCUGCUUUUCGAUUUCCAGUACUUCAUCUGGCACACGCUGCAUCAUAAGGUGCCCUGGCUGUACCGCACGUUCCACAAGGUGCACCACAAGUACACGUCCACGUUCGUGCUGAGCACGGAGUACUCAGGGGCCUGGGAGACCCUCUCGCUGGGCUUCUUCGCCGCCAUCAACCCCAUGAUCCUGGGAUGCCACCCGCUCACUGAGCUGCUCUUCUUUGUGCUCAACAUCGCACUGUCUGUGGAGGACCACUGUGGAUACGACCUCCCCUGGGCCACACACCGCUUGGUGCCGUUUGGACUUUACGGAGGCGCGCCGCAUCACGACCUCCAUCACCUCAAGUUCAAGUCUAACUAUGCGCCGUACUUUACACACUGGGACAGGCUGUUUGGGACUCUACACGAGGACUAAAAGGAAUUAAAGACUCAAAAGAAAAGAAGGACACUUUAUGCAUUGGCCUAAAUGCUUUUAUUCUUUUACAUUAAAAGGAAUUACAUUGUGCUGGCACAAUUAUGAACUCUAAGAACUCAUACAACCACAUGCACAAACCAAAUAUUGUAUUUAUUGAAAAUGACUUAUUGAUCAGUUGUUUGCUAUUAUCAAAUAAUAUAUUUUUAUAUGCUGUUAAAUUGCUUAUUUAACAAAAUAUAUUCUAAUGUCCUGCAGAUUUGCCAAGAAUGUUAAUUACCCAAUUGGUUAUGUUAAUGAUAACAAACGGGCCACAUGAUUGUGCACAUUUGCUUUUAUUUAAUCUGCAUAUGAAUGAAGUAGAGCUGAAUUUAAUAAAACAAAGGUCAAAACAAAGUUUA